AUGACCCAGCCAAAAGAGCUCAAGAUUCAUCCUCAACCCAGUGGGAUGCAUAUGACUGAACUCCACUACAAGACCCUCGAGCAUUCUGACCGAUUCUAUCACAACGACCUUCUGCUCACGUCGACAUUUCAAUCCAACUUCCACCUCGAAAACGAGAUCCCCUCCCGUCAUUGCAUCCCCCCGCCCAGUCCAGCGUGGAAACCCAUCGACAUGCUGCGGUACUCCGACCCGUGCCUCGCCAGACUCCAUCGCUUGACAACGCCGAGAACCAACGUCCCCGACACCAAUGGCUGGACUGCGGAAUAA